AUGGAGGACCUCGCCAGCAUCUACAACAACGCCGUAAGACCCGCGGUCGUACAUGCAGUUCCGGAGCACGCUGCCCACUGGCCCGCUACUUUUGAGAUGGCUCUGAACCUCGUUCGCGGACGCGGCAACGUUCUGCACGGCCAUUCAGUCGGUAUACCUGCGGAUUCCCUUCCGCUGUUCUCCGCGAAGCUCCGAGAAUUGCUCUCCCAGAGCGGCCCGUCUGGAUGGGCGAUCUUCAUGAUCGAACUUCGGGGCACAAAGGAAGGGAAUCCUUUCAACUUCACGGACCAAUAUGAUCGUCAGGCGGCGUUCUACAAAUUCACGGAGAGCUUCAUCCUGCCGGAGGAUGACGCCGGGGCCGACGCCGACGACGACAUGCCGCUUGACGCCCGAGCUCGGCCGCAGUGGUACGUGGAUGUUGCUGUGGAACUGUCUAGGCCGGGGCACGUUCUUCAGUGGCAUCGCUCUCAGCACCCCGAUAUCCUCCGAUAUCUAUUUCCCUCCAUGGAUGAAGACCGGGCGAAGAAGGUUGUCAAGUUCAACAGCUUCUACGUCGACGUAAACGCCCACAUACACCGACUGGCUGGGUUCCGCUACCAGCCCCGCUCGCCUGUCAACAACAUCGUCUAUGCCAACAUCUACACCACAGACAAGACGGUCAUUUAUCAGUUGCAUCCUGGUGUUUUCAGACCACGAACCGGGGAGGAUCUGCUGCCGCGCAAGAUCAACGCUUUGGACCAAGACAUGGACUCGAUCUCUGCUCAGUUCCACUCGGCUGCAGGCUUAACGCCGGCUCCGGAGGACGCCGAAGUGCAUUCCGAUGACAGCGACGAAGACCGGCCUGUGCGCAUGAUGCCUUCGCAAGACGGGGCGGCUCGGGCAGAGGUACGGGUGCGGGUGUCGGCGUUCUCGAGUGUGUUGAGGGUGUUCACACAGCAAGAGCUCGAGAACUUCGUCGUUACGUAUAGGAACAAUGAGUGGUGGUGA